AUGUCUCAUGAGAUGUCCUACAUGGGCCCUCGGGCCUUCAACCAUGACCGGGACGACGAUGCCGCAGAAGUAGAGUACGAUCGGCUCCGCAAUCUCGCCCGCCAGGAAGCCUCGAAGCGCAACUCAUGUUUCCAACAGUCCCAAGAAGCGUACUCGAGUGGUGAUGGCGCGCGCGCCAAAGAACUCUCGGAGCAGGGCAAGGCCCACGGCCGCAAGAUGGACGAGUACAACAAGCAGGCGUCCGAGUUCAUCUUCCGCGAGAACAACGCCAACGGGCGCGUCCCGGAGGAUACCAUUGAUCUGCACGGGCAGUUUGUCGAGGAGGCGGAGGAGAUUCUCGAGGAGCGCAUCAAGUAUGCCAAGGCGCAUGGGCAGACGCAUCUCCAUGUGAUCGUCGGCAAGGGAAACCACUCCGCCAACCAUGUGCAGAAGAUCAAGCCGCGCGUUGAACAGGUCUGUCGCGAGCUGGGGCUGCAGUAUGCCACUGAGGAGAACGCCGGCCGCAUCUACGUCAAUCUCACGGGGGGGCCGGCCGACAUGCCACCAUCCAGCGGCCAUGGGCAGGGACAGGGACAGGGUCAUGGAUAUGGUCAUGGCCAGGCUCCCACAAGUGGCCAGUACCCCGGCCAGCAGCAGCCGCAUCACCAACAGCAGCAAGGCGGGCAGCAGAACGAGAUCGAGCAGGUUGUCAAUGCGAUCCUGCCGCGGGUGCUGCGCAAGCUCGAGAAGGCUUGCUGUACGAUUAUGUGA